AUCCAAUGUGACACCCAAAAAAUUUUCAUCCCCAAUCUAAACAGGCCCUUAAGGCCCGCCACACACUCUCUCUCCUCCCCCCGUCUCGUCUCUCAACAGCAGCACUCAUCAUCAUACCUUUGCUAGCCUACCCAUGGACGCGGCGGCCAUCGCCGGGCAGCAGGCGAGGCGCCGGAUCCGGCCGCCGGAGCCACUCGUGAUGGCCGCGGCGCCGCCGACGCCCGCGGCGUUCCGGUGCCCGAUCUCGCUGGAGGUGAUGCGGUCGCCCGUCAGCCUCCCCACCGGCGCCACGUACGACCGCGCGUCCAUACAGCGCUGGCUGGACUCCGGCCACCGCACCUGCCCGGCCACGCGGCUGCCGCUGGCGUCCACCGACCUGGUCCCGAACCUGCUGCUGCGCCGCCUCAUCCACCUGCACGCCGCCACGCUGCCGCCCUCCCCGUCGCCCGAGGAGGUGCUGUCGCAGCUCGCUGCCGCGGACGCGGACGGGGAGCCCGCGGCCGCGGAGAAGGCCGUGCGCUCGCUCGCGGCCAAGAUCGCGCCGGAGAAAGGGAAGCGGGCGUCCGUGGCCUCCGCCGUGUCCGCUGAUCUCGACUCCGCGGUGCCCGCGCUCCUCUCCUUCGCCAAGGGCGGGCCGGGCGCUGGCGCGCGCGUCGACGCCGUGAGGGUCCUGGCGACCGUAGCUCCGGAGCUGGUCUCUUACCUUACCGGGGAUGAUGGCACGGAGAAGAAGCGCGACAGGGUCAGUAUGGCGGUGGAGGCACUGGCCGCCGUCUUGUCCGCGGACGGGAUCGCGGAGGAGGCCAGGGAGGCCCUCGUUGUGGCUCUUCUCGCCGAGGAUCUGGGCCGCCUCGUGACGACGCUGCUCGGCGCGGGCGCGAACGGCGCCACGGUCCUUGAGGCGAUCCUGACGUCGCCCGUGGCGGACGCGGACGCAAAGACCGCCAUCGCCGACAGGCCGGAGCUAUUCCCGGACCUCGUGCGGAUCCUCAGGGACGCCGCGUCGCCGGCGGCCAUCCGGUGCAUGGCCGCGGCGGUGCAGGUCCGCGGCCGCCCGGCGCGCGCGUCGAUGGUGCGGGCCGGGGCCAUCCCGGCGCUGGCGCUGGCCGUGGCGGCCGCGCCCACGGCCGCCGCGGAGUCCGCGCUGCGGCUGCUGGCGGAGGCGGCGCGGUGCGGCGACGGCAAGGCGGCCAUCGCGGCCGACGCCGCGGAGGUGGCGGCCGCCGUGAUGGGGCGGAUGAUCCGGGUGGGCCCGACGGGGCGGGAGGCCGCCGUGGUGGCGCUGUGGCUGUGCUGCUGCGCGGGCGGCGGGGACCGGAGGAUGCGGGAGGCCGUGGCGUCCGCGCCGGAGGCGGUGGGGAAGCUGCUGGUUGUGAUGCAGGGGGACUGCGCCCCGACCACGUCGCGGAUGGCCGGCGAGCUGCUGCGGGCGGUGCGGAUGGAGCAGGAGAAGAAGGGCAUGGCCGCCGCCUACGACAGCCGCACCAUCCAUGUCAUGCCGUACUGAUGGUGGAUGGAUCCGGCAGGAACGCGCCGUCGCCCUCUGCAGUCACCUAGCUCGCAGCUGUUGUAAUACUACAAUCUGUAGCGGUGUAAGUAUAAAUUGUAGGGGAUCGGAGUGGAACGAAUCAUGUGUUGGCUGCUUGCAAAUAUGCUGCUUGCAUCAGGGAAUUGAGAAAGAAUCAUUGUAGAAGCUCGAAUAAGAACGAAGAAUUCGUCGCGCUUGGCAGACGUGCACAAUUCUGGCAUGGCUCUGGCUUGUUGGAGACGAAGGCACAAAGUCAAAAUGAAGAAAGAAUGACAGUUUGCACAUGCGAUUCUA